CCACAAACGAAAGAUGGCCGCCGCUCCUCGACUGACCGCAGGCGGAUUUGGCCGACUGAGCGACGACGAAGGCGGCUCGCCAUCGACCCUGCCGAUGGGCACUAUCAGCGCAGACAUUGCAUCGUCAGGAACAUUCGCAAGCCAGGCAGGCAUCCGAGCAGCGUCAGAACAGCAGCUGCAGCAGCGGCACGAUCGGCAGACGCCGAAUCAGCGGUUUGAACUGAACCGCAACAACAACAACAACAACAACAGCAACGGUGACAACUGGUGUGGCAUCCAGGCCGACCCAGCUCAGCUGCAACAUCACCUUCGCAAUGGUCUGGUAGAUCCUGCUGGGGGCGGCAGCGGGGCGACGGCAGCUGGCGGACUUGGACGCGUCCCGACUUGGCCAAACGCCGACAGUGGCUGUGAUGACCAACCGAGCCCCAACCACCACAGUCACAGCCACAACCACCACCACCACCACCAUCAUCAUCAGCAUUAUUCUCAUCGAAAUCAUCACGAGCAUCACGACCGACACGCCGCGGAAAGGGACGCGCGACCGAUUGCGUCUCAAUUUGCCACCUCUCAGCCGCUCCAGCUGCAGAAGGAGCACUGCAGACAUGCUGCCGCCUGGGCAUCUUCGGGACUCCGAGCUGGCGCACGAUUUACUGGAGUGCAGCGGUGCGGAACCACGGGAUACAAUGUCUCGGUCACGCUGAAGGACGUCCAACUGGACAAAUCGAGCUUGUGCGGUUACCUCACCAUCGAGCAUCUCGCGCAAGAACUGCCAAGCCUCACCACCUUCUUUGAGGCUGAAAUCAUUGGCGCCGAGCAUUCAUUCAUGACGGGCGGGCGUUGGGGAGCCUCUGAAGAGGUCGAUUUGCAACAUUGGGCGCGGUUCCCGCCCUUCCUUGUUCCUCGAGGGACUGCCAAGCAUGCCGAUCUGCAAGUGCAGCAGCACCCAUGGCGGCAGCGGCAGCAACAGCAGCCACAAGGGCAGCAGCCUGGACAGCAAUCGGCGGCAUUUUUACAGCGUUCCAUCAUUACGGAUCCGAACUAUGUACACGAUUUCCGAAACCAGGACUUUGUCUUUAUGCGCUGGAAGGAGCAAUUCCUCGUCCCCGAUCACCGGAUUAAAUCUGUGAGCGGCGCGUCGUUUGCCGGAUUUUACUACAUUUGCUUCCAGCGCAGCACCUCGACGAUCUCUGGGCUGUACUACCACCAAAACUCGGAAUGGUUCCAAAGCUUGAGCAUGCAGUACACGCCCGAGCGCACGUUUGGUUCAUUCGCUUUCUGUUAAAAUGACUCGAUAUUACAUGAUUUUUGAAUACGAUAAAGCAUAAGAAUUUUCCA